GAAAGCGGGCGCCGGUUUCGCUCAGUGGCUGGGAGGAAGCUCGGCUGCCCAGCCGGCCGCGAGCAGGCCGGAGUCCCGGUCGCUGGCCGGGCUUCUCCGGGUGUGGGCGUGAGCAAGGCAGCGGUCCCGGCCGCUGCAGCGUUCGUCCAGCCAGCGCGUUAGGUGCCGGGAGCAAAGAACGUAGGUACAUUAGUUCUCAUUAUGCAUCAGAAAAAUGAAAAAACAGAAGAAAAUUCUAUGGAAAAAAGGAAUUCACUUAGCCUUUACUGAGAAAUGGAAUACUGGGUUUAGAAGCUUUAAGAAGUUCUAUUUUCCUCAAAAUGUGUGCUUUCUGAAAGCUAGGCUGGGAAGGCCAGUUGUUUGGGGUAGACAGUUGAAGCAUUUCCAGUGUAGUAAGAAGGCUCUUCAUAUCCAGAAAUCAUGGAUCCAGGAUGUACCACUUUGUGCAAAGGCGAAGUCUGGAGUGGCUACUCAAAAUGUUAGUACUUUGUAUGCCAAAGUGAAAAGAAAGAACACUAAGCACUUCAUUUCUUCCUCAAGGAGUCUCCUGAAACUCCAAGCAGAUAAGUUACUGUCAUCAGCAAAGAACGUGGACCAUGAAUACUGCAGAGAGAAAAGCCUCCUGAAGGCAGUUACUGGCUUGUCAGCAAAUACUGGUUUAGGGAAGGCCAGUGGUCACAAACCUAGGACAGGCCCACAAGCUUCAGACUUUCCCAUGAAGUUCAAUGGGGAGAGCCAAAGUCCAGGUGAGAGUGGCAAGAUUGUGGUCUUGAACAAACAUAGAAAGCGCAUUUGUUAUGGCUGCUACCAAGGGCUAGAGCACCACAGGAAUGGGAAACCCUUGAUUCCAAAAAAGUUCCAACUUAACCAACAUCGAAGAGUCAAAGUGUCUCUUAUGAUGUAUGAGAAAUUAUCCAUGAUUAGAUUUCGGUAUAGGAUUUUCAGAUCCCAGCACUUCAGAACGAAAAACAGAGUUUGCAAGCUAAGAAAAGCCCAGAGGAGCUGGGUGCAGAAGGUCACUGGGGACCAUCAGGAGAACCUCAGGGAUAACACUGAGGGUGGCAAUUGCAGCCCAGUCCCUUCCCUGGAACCUGAAGACCCUUGUCGGUGUCAGCCAUACUUUUCAGACAUGGAUGGCAGUGUUGCCGUAAAGGGAAUGAACUCUCACGUGCCUGAUGGCCACAGUAAAGAAAGCCCUUUCUUGGACAAGGAGCAUAGUUUAGAUGAAGCAUUCCCUGACCAACAGAAUGGCAGUGCCACAUAUGCCUGGGACCAGUCACCCUCUUCUCCUAAGUGGGAGUGUACAGAGCAAAUUCAUGAGAUCCCUUUAACAGAGCAUCCUUCUGGUAACACAUUCACUUCAGAAACAGAAAGAGCAGUUAUGACUUUGGGUCAGGAAAGCGGGACAAGUGCUGUGAGUGACGACAGAGUGAGACUGUCAGUGUCUGGAGCAGACACAUCUGUGAGGAGUGUAGAUGGGCGUGUGUCUAAAGAGCCUCCUCAGAAUGAGAACUUCCAGAUGGAGGAGGAUGGGUCGCUCAAGCAGAACAUUUUGAGUUCUAAGCUGCUGGACCACCCUUAUUGUAAAAGUCCGCUGGAUGCUCCCUUGGUGUGCAGUGAACUCAAAGUAGAAAGCCAAACAGCAGGUGGCAAGAGCAGUCAGAAGGCUUCUCCAGUGGAUGAUGAGCAGCUCUCAACCUGCCUCUCUGGAUUCCUAGAUGAGGUUAUGAAAAAGUAUGGAAGUUUGGUCCCACUCAGUGAAAAAGAUGUCCUUGGGAGAUUAAAAGAUGUCUUUAAUGAAGACUUUUCUAAUAGAAAACCAUUUAUCAAUAGAGAAAUAACAAACUACCGGGCCAGACAUCAAAAGUGCAACUUCCGCAUCUUCUACAAUAAGCACAUGCUGGAUAUGGAUGAUCUGGCGACCCUGGAUGGUCAGAAUUGGUUGAAUGACCAGGUUAUAAAUAUGUAUGGUGAGCUGAUAAUGGAUGCAGUCCCAGACAAAGUCCACUUCUUCAACAGCUUUUUUCAUAGACAGCUGGUAACCAAAGGCUAUAAUGGAGUUAAGAGAUGGACUAAAAAGGUGGAUUUGUUUAAAAAGAGCCUUCUGUUGAUUCCUAUCCACCUGGAAGUCCACUGGUCUCUCAUUACUGUGACACUCUCCAAUCGAAUUAUUUCAUUUUAUGAUUCCCAAGGCAUUCAUUUUAAAUUUUGUGUAGAGAAUAUAAGAAAGUAUUUGCUGACUGAAGCCAGAGAAAAAAACAGACCUGAAUUUCUUCAGGGUUGGCAGACUGCUGUUACAAAGUGUAUUCCACAACAGAAAAAUGACAGUGACUGUGGAGUCUUUGUGCUCCAGUACUGCAAGUGCCUCGCCCUAGAGCAGCCUUUCCAGUUUUCUCAAGAAGACAUGCCUCGAGUACGAAAGAGGAUCUAUAAGGAGCUGUGUGAGUGCCGGCUCCUGGACUGAGACUCGGCAGGGACUCCAAAAGGCUGGCCAUGUUGGAGCAGAUGGUUUGUUACUUGAAUCUCCAAACACUUACUGAAUUUUUACAGAUAUUUCAGAUUGGUGGUAUUGGGCCACUAUUGUUACCUCAAAUUUAUUUUCACCCUUCUUCAUUUCUCCUGCUAUCAUGUACUUUUUAAAUGUUCAGUUUAGUUUCAUUUUAACUUUAUGGAUUCCAUAAUCCCUCCCAUAUUUAAUAUUUAUUAUCCAAACGCAUGCAUAUAGACAGAGCAUGCAGUAAAGAGUAUUAAAAAAAAAAAGCCUAGUAGAUUUGGUGCAGCUUUUGAAACAUAGUUAGAUGUGAACUGAAUACAGGUUUAAAAUUUAACCCCAGAACCUAAAAAUGCAAGAUGUUUUUGAUAGAGCAUAGCUCAGAAUAGACGUUCCCUAUGGCAUAAAGGGUAGCUAGGAGUGGUUGUGAAAGCCAGUCAUGUUUUACACCAGCAGCACCUUUCACUGAUGUCCCUCAGAUGAGUCCCUGAGCAUGAGAUGCUUUCCUUCCAGUGUGAGAGGGGGGGCGUUCUACUUAGGGACACAGAGCUUGCAAGCAUAGUGCUGAUGUGAGAAGAGUUAAGGUGUGGGAAGGAAAAAAAAAAAAAAAAAACAGCGUCCUUGGGGGCCAGUUACCUGAAAGAAAGGUUUCUUUCAUUUUGUUUUGUUGAGACAAGGUCUCAUUAUGUAGCCCAAGCUGAGCUCACAGUAGCUAGGCUGUCCUCUAUCUCAAGCUAAUCCUGUCUCUGUCUCCCUAGGGCUGGUAAUAUAGGUAUUUACCAAUACACCCUACAGUAAGAUUUCCAUUUUGGUCUUAAGAAUUAUAAUACGUGGAUUAAAUCUCAUAAAGGCUUUUCUUGGGACACAGAAAUUUCUUGGAUUCCCCCCCCCCCCCGUUUGACUUGUGGGGAAAGAAAAAAAAACAGCACCUAUCAAACUCAUGGUUAAAUGAAAAUUAGGCUUUUCAUAGAAGUAAUUUGCUAGUUAUCACCUUUCUUUGUUGCCUCCCAAGUACUCCAAGUUAUUUAAGAUUUACCAAAAGUGCUUCUACUUGAGGGUAUCUGAAAUACCAAGAGGGUAGAAGACUGGCGUGAGGUCUUUUGUAGGUGGUGGGAGAAGAGGGGAGGCAACCUGGGGUCUCUAGGAGAGCACAUGCAGAAUGGUUUCUCUAGCCUUGGUGGCUCAGCAUCUUGAAGGGCUCUUUUGGCUUCUGCAAGAACAAUUUGAAUCCUGUACUCAAAAACUGCCUUGUUUAUUUAACUGCAUCCUCUGGGGAUGGGCUGUAGAGCAGCCUGUUCUAUGGUUUACGAGUAAAGUGGUAGAUCUUACAACUUUAAUCUGGCCUUUGUGACAAUGUUUUAAAGAAAAUAAGUAAGAUGCCUAUUAAGCCUAACCAGUUGCUUUUUUUCUGAUUAGAAUUGAAGGAGGAAAGAGUAAUAAACUUGUAGAAAGCUACCAAGUAAAGGGCAGAAGGUAACUGCUGAGUUAGGCAAGAGCUGUUUGAAAAACAAAAGUAAAAUGUCAGCAGAGCUUACUGCUGCAGGUAAGGGUUGAAUCAAACUUAGUUUACAUGCAAGAUUCUCUAAAGCAACAUGGACACUGGGCAGUGGCCCAGGCACUCUCCUUAAUAUGCAGACUCCUUAGCAUAAAGCCAGGUCAGUAUUUCUUGUGCUUUAAGUCAUUAAAAAGACUGAAAGUAGAGGCACUUUAUCUUGUCACAGGUAAGGUUAUGUCACCACUGGAGAAGAUAAGCAGCUAGAUAGGGGAAGAUGUCUUUUAUUCCUAUAGUACUGGAGAUUGAACCCAGGACCUGUUUGUGUGUUGGGCAAGUGCUACCACUGAGCUAAAACCCUCUUUGUACUUUAUUUUGAGACAGGGUCUCAUGAAGUUCUCUGCAUUGGUCUUGAAUUCACUCUAGCUGCGUCUGGCCUUGUUUAUACUCCCUACACCUGAGAAGCUAGAAUUACAGGCCAGCACUGUCAGGCCAGACUGCUUGAAUAUCUCUUAGGGAAGGGGUUUUGGGAACAGGGACUCAAGUGUCAGGCUAGCUCAAACUCACUGUAUAGCUGAAGAUGACCUCCAAUUCCCAGUCCUCUCCCAGGUGCUAGGUCUGUGUCACCAUGCCCAGCUAAAGAUGGGGUCUUAAGACUUUCAGAUAUAAUUACACCAACAUGAGCUUCUUCAAUAUGUAUAUGCAAGAUAUGAGCAUGGUUUUUUGUUGCUGGUCCUGUACUGAAAUAGCUAGCAAUGAGAUCAUUGACUCAAAUGUGUCCAACUUUAAAGUCUUAAGAGAGGAAAUAUCAAUCUCACUUUUCCAGUAACAGACCCAUCGUGGAGAAGUUAGUUGUAUUCCUUUGAGAAUCUUGUCGAAACAGGGUCUUUGUUUAGCCCAGACUUGCAGUCCUUCUGCCUCAGCCUCCCUGAUGUUUGAAUUACAUGGAUGCACUAGCAUUUUUAAUGCCUGGGAGAAUCUGAAUGCCCAGAGCUCAAGUUGGCACUUCUUCAUUCUGAGAAAUGGUCAUGUCAGCACAGUAGCAUGCAGGAUUGAACAGACUCAGCUGUCCAGGCCCAGUUACUCUUUCUCUUCUAGCAUGAUAGGGCACCUUCAGGUGGACUGUUCAGCUUGCUUUAGCCUAAAUGCCAGAUGUUUUGAGUACAGUUUAAGCCCAUGUCUGUCAUUAGUAAGACUUGGUUUCAGAAUGUGUAAUUGUUCUUUCUCUUCUUGUGAUUACAAGUAAACUUCUGUUUAGCUUUCAAGUCCUAGAUUGCAGAAUAUUUUGUCUGGAUGUUUGGGGUAAUGCUUUAUUGUCACUGGCUUGGCACUGAACUGUUGAUGCUCAUAAAGUAGGCAGACUUUAUGUCACUGGGAUGAAUGUAAACCCUGCAAAAACUUAAAGCUAUUCAUAUAUGACGAGCCUUCAAUAAGCUGCCCAGUCCUCAUGGCAAAACUUACCUGGCUGUAGUUGCUUCUUUCCAGUGCUUUUGUUAAAUUUCUUGUAGUGAAUAUAUAUUAAUUCAUCUUUUAAUUUUCUUAGUUAUCAUGAGAAUUAACUUUCAGUUGGCUGCUCAAGGAAAAGAAAAGCAGUUGCUGCCAAUAAUUUCACAGUGCAUUUUUGGCUUUGCACUGUAUUCUCUGUUUACCACUGAAUAUGAAUAACAUGGUCAUCUUGAAUUUAUGGUUGAAAUACAACAGUAACAGACCUAACUGGGGACACAGCCAGCACUUGCCUAAUAUCAGUUGUCCCUUUUCUUUGCAAUUGUGGUUCAGUGCUUCAUCCCUGCAGUAGAAGCAAUUGGGGUCUGAGCAGGUCAGGGCCAGAAACAGUGAGUUAAUACACUGAUUAUCUGCUCUGCUUCGUUAUGUUAAGAGACCCAAUUAGUCAGCAGUUAUACAGCAUAUACUUCUGCUGUAUGCUAGGCUCUGCCUCCUGGCUGGUAGACAUCUAAGAUCUGGGGAAUAGCAUCCAAGAAAUGCAAUUGUAUUUGGGGUUACAAAAGCAGACCUAGACAAGUUGUUCACUUGAAAGAUUAUGAUCAUGUAAAAUUACAGUCAGUACUCAACCCUUCUAGCAAAUAUUUUUUUGAAAAAUAAACUAAAUGCCUUUAUAAACAUG